AUGAAAACAAUUACCUACUGGCGCGUGGAGGAAGCUCCUGGCGGCGGGCGGAGGAGCUCCUGGCGGCGCAUGGUGGUGGCGAGCGGUGGCGGGCGCGCGCGGUGGCGGCUCGCGGCGAGGGCGGGGCUGGCGGCGGCGCCCAAGUCUAAACCUGAUUUUAUUCCUGAUAAAGGGCUAAAAUGCAAAAAAAAAAAAAUCGGACCCGUGUGUACCACCUCGCCGCCGUCUCCAUCUUCCAUCGCCUCCGCCGCAACCUCGCCUCCGCCUUCCAUCGCCGCCGCGUGCAGAGAGUCCCGCACGCUACGUAGAGAAGUCGAGGACUGGGGUGUUGUGUCCAGCGUGCCCACUGAUGGCGAGGCCCGCGCCGCCAUCGCCAGUAUGAAGCAGUUGUUUGGGAAGGCUUCUGUCCUGGAUUCUGAACCGACUGAACUACAAGCCCUCGCAUUGCCCGUCUCAGGGCAUCCUUCAUCUGGGAUAUUCAUGGAUCAUCUUGCUCUGGAUUCGGAUGCAUCUAUGGCCAUACUCGAUGAAUGGACUGAACCAGCUAAGCUCGUUCUGAAUUCAAGUGCGCUUUUAACAGAGGAACAUCAAAGUGUGCUGGAUGCAUUCCACUUAUUGCGCGAAGACGCCUAUGUUCAGAAAAUGGUUAUGGCUUUGUCAACUGACAAGGCUGUAUGGAAUGCUGUAAUGAACAAUGAUGUGGUACAAGAAUUUAAGAGGUCCUUCAAGGAUGCCAAGGAAACGUAUCUCAAGGGAAGCUCUACUCCUCCUCCUCCUGGAUUUAUGAUGUGGGUCAUGAAAAACGUCCAUGCAAAAAUUAGGGAAUUCUUCAAGACAAUGUUUGGGCUUACGAAUAUACUCUUCCAAGCGGGUGACCAUAGCUAUCAAGCCGGUGAACAGAACUAUGAUUUCUAUGAUUGUAUAGUGAGGAUGUCAUUCAUGCUCACGGUGUUCGUAUUUGUUAUGGUAACCGUAGCUCGUAUACGAUGAGCACAACAAUUCGUCGUCGACCUCUAGAAUUUACCUUCAUAAGUUACCUUCUUGGUGGUGGAAACUUAUAAUUUGGAGUGCAGGGAGUAAGACUAUAGAAGAAAAUUUGAUCGA